GGGAGCUGGCAUGACGACUCUUGGAGCCCUGACAGGAAACUUUCUUCUUACUCCGCUCUUCACCAGCAGUCAGUCUUCAGCACCAGUUCGCCGUUUGAAAUGCACUUGUCUGAACUCUGUGGAACUUUCUCAUCCCGCGAAGUCAUGACUACACACCUACAUUUACCGACAGCGCGUCACUGAAGCUAACAAGCAACCGGGGAUCUUUUUUCUUUCUUUCUCGGAGGAACUUUGGAUGUAAAUGACAGUCGCUUACUUCUAACCCACGCUGGAGCUAAUGAUGGGGACUUUACUUUACCUGCUUGCCUUCGUGUUAGCGCGUGCCUGUGCGGGUCUCGGAUAUUCGGAGCAGAGUAUCCAGACGGGUCAGAGAGCUGCGAGCAGACACAGGAACUGGUGUGCUUAUGUGGUGACACGCACAGUUAGCUGUGUGAUGGAGGAUGGGGUGGAGACGUACAUCAAGCCAGACUAUCAGCGCUGUACCUGGGGCCAAUGUCCUCGAGUGGUCUACCGGACGUACAGGAGGCCGAGGUAUAAGGUAGCUUAUAAAAUGGUGACCGAAAUGGAGUGGAAGUGUUGCCACGGUUACUCGGGGGAAGACUGCCACAACGGGCCACAGAGCACGCCUGACACCCGGGUCCCACCAACGGGCACAGGUGGCGGACAGAGGGGAGGACAAGUUGACACAGAGAAGAUCAGGCAGCUGGAGGAGACAAUCCGCAGGAUGCAGGCCUCCAUCGAUGGCAUAAACCAAAGGCUGCCUGGACUUACCCCAUCCGAUUCAGCUGACCCACCCAUGAAGGAAACUAUCAACAGCAUCCAGACCAAGCUGGAUCAUCUCUAUAACAGAACACAGGUCCACGACCAGACCCUUCUUACCAUCAACAACCACCUGGUGAAUGGAGGUGGCAAUGAACUGGAUGGAAGGGGAAGAGGAGGUGGAGACGGGGGGAACCAGGUGACCUCACUGAAGGAGGAGAUACUGACAGAGCUGGAGAGAAGGGUGUCUCUGUCCUGCUCUGCCUGCCAGGCUGGUGUUGAGGACCUGAGGCGCCAGCAACAGGAGGACAGGGACCGUAUCACAAGCCUUAUGAAGCUGAUAAGCUCUUUGGACCAGGAAUUGAAGCGAAGCUCCCAGCCCUGCUGCAACAAGGUCAGCGAGCUGGAGAAGAGGCUGUCUGACACGGAGACCCAAGUCAAUUCCACUGCAAACAAGUGUGACACCAUUAAAGGGCGGUUGGAUAAGGAGCUGGCUGGGACAGGAGGAGGAGGAAAGGGAAGAGUGACAGAGGACCGUUUCAACAGCAGGUUGAGGGAGUUGGAAAAGAAGGUGAACAACACAAUGAGGAAGACUGAGCAGAGGUGUACUAACACUGGGAACAACUUGAAGGACACCGUGCAGAGAGACUUCACUAAUCUGAGCAACAUGGUCCUCAGUCGCAUGGAAGACAACAGCUUCAAGAUUGGAAAAAUAGAGCUUGACGUGGCUGUUCUUGAAGACACAGUGACGGACCAUAGUCGACGUCUAAGCCAGCUUGAGAACACUACGAUCUUCCUCGACCAAAGGCUUACAUCAACCACAAACAUGUGCAGUGAGACCUGUGGACCUGACAGAAAAGGGAAGGAGACUGAUGACACUGUGAAAACCUUGGAAUGGAGGGUCGUUGCCAACCAGGAAGAGAUCAAGAAGUUCAACACCAAGCUGGACGAUUUGUCUGUGUCAGGGGACUCACUGACUAACAGAGUGAUCGACCUAACGGAUGAUGUCCAACAGAUAAUUUCUGUGACCGGAAGGAAUGGUGAGCACUUUAACAGGAUUGCCACGGACUGCUCUAUUUGCAGCACCGUAGAGCAGGACUUGCACUUGCUUACCAACUCCACCUUGACCGGCCUUAGCAGGUGCCAGACAGAACUGACAGAUCUGCGGAGAAAGGUCGAGUCGGGAGAAUCCAUCUGCUCUCAGGUGUGCUCCAACCUUCAGGAGGAGGUGGGACGACUCCGAGAGGAAGUGGAGGAAUGUACAGGACAGUGUAAAAACAACAUAAAUGAUCUGAGGAAAAUCCUGGAAGGUCAUACUGUCCAUAAUAGAAGAUUGGGCGGAGAUCUGAAGUCCAUCCAGGGAGAGCUGGCAAGGUUCAUGUUCACAUUUAAUUCCAUUAAUAACACACUGAAGGGACUGGGAAGGACAGUAGAGACACAUGGGUACGUGCUGACUGAUCUGACCAACAGCAAGGACGACAUUAUCUCUGAGGUGAACCAUUUGCAGAAGGAGCUGUCAGAGCAUGUUGACGACUCAGAGAUUCGAUUUGGCAAACUGGGCAACUACACGACAGAGGUGGGGGAGUGCCGGCGGUCCAGCGACGGCCUGGACCGGAGGCUCUCCAAGCUCGAGGGAGUGUGUGGACGUUUCGACUCCAUCUCUGACAGCCUGGAGAGGAUCAAGGAGGGCUUGAACCGACAUGUGUCUGGGUUGUGGAGCUGCGUUAAUGGGCUCAAUGUCACGGUUACGUCUCAAGGAGAUGCUAUCUACGACAUCCAGAACGUCCAGCUGGAGAACGUCCACUCCAACAUCCACAGGCUGAACUCGUCAGUGCUGGACUUGGUCAGGCAGUUCCACAGUUUCACAGAACAGGACUUCAGGGGUCCUUCUGGUCCACCAGGGCCUCGUGGGGAAAGAGGCGAGCGUGGACUUCAGGGUGUUGAAGGACCUCAAGGGAGAGUGGGACUUCCAGGUAGACAGGGUGAGCGGGGACCAGCGGGACCCCCAGGUCUCAGAGGAGAACAGGGUUUUGCAGGUUCUGAUGCCCACGUGCCACGUCAUUCUUUCUCUGCUGCGCUGACCCGGCCCAUGAGAAGUGCAGGAACCAUAGUGUUUAACAAAGUGUUUGUCAAUGAAAACAACGUCUAUAAUCCCAAAACAGGAUAUUUCACCGCCCCUGUGAGUGGGAAGUACUUCUUCAGUGGCAUCCUGACGGGCCAUAAAAACGAAAAGAUCGAAGCAGUGCUGUCCAAGACCAACACUGGCAUCGCCCGAGUGGACUCAGCAGGGUAUCAGCCCGAGGGCCUGGAGAAGCCCAUGGCAGAGGCCAAACACAUUCCUGGAGCGCUUGGUGUCUUCAACAUCAUCCUGCCCAUGGAGGAAGGGGACACAGUCUGUAUCGACCUCGUCACCGGCAGGCUGGCCUACUCCUCUGAACCUUUGACCAUCUUCAGUGGGAUGCUGCUGUAUUAGACCAUCUGAUGGAUGUGGUUACAUUGCAAUUUGCCAAUCUGUGUUAAACUUUCAGCACAAGAGCUUCUACAUUGGACUCUAGGAGACGGAGCCACUGACAGGGCAGUUGGAGAGAGACUAAUAACUGGACUGGACUUAUUCAACAAGGAGAAAGAUACUUUAUGAUAUACUUCUUGUGAUAAGAAAGAUUAAAAUCAUGCCAUUUUUCUCCACAGUCAUUUGUUUUGUGUUUCACAGCUUUAAAGAAAACUAUUUGUGUGAAGAGCAGUAUGUUUUUUUAUCAUUAUUUAGACAUGCCACUGCAGAGAUAUUGUAUUCACAUUUGUUUGUAUGCCGUGCUAAAUACUUGAAUUCUUCACUGAUUACAACAACAUAUAACCUUCAGGCCCCAGCUGCAUUCAAGAAAGGCAAUUUGGUCAACUGACAAAAGAUUAAGGAUGUGGGUUUUUGUGUGUGUUAUCCACCCAUGGCGAAUCGAACGGCACCGCAUACGCUCUCUCUCUCUCUCUCUCUUUUUUUUCGAAAGCAGUUUCAUUUCUGAUUGCUCACAGUUUCAUUCUGACCACAAGCAAAUUCCCAGAAACAUCAAGCUGAAUGCCAAUUGUCUUGGGAAAAAAAAGAAGCAGAGUGAUGUAGGUGGAGGGACCAAGUCCAAACCACUAUUCUUUAGGAGGAAAUGCACAAAUGAAGUCACCGACAGUUCAGACGAGAAACCACAGGAUUUUAUAAAUCAUACAACCACAAAACAAUACGACCAUUUUAGGACAUUAGCUGUGCCAAGAAACCCGAGGGGGAGGGAGGCCAGAGCAAAGAAUGGGGGAUUUUCACUGUGUCCUAAUAAGGGACAUCUAAACUCAGUGGAGCAUCAAGUAGUUAUGAAACUUUUAAUCAGUCUAUCUUACAAUGGAUUUUUUUAUGUAAAGCUAAAAAUAACAAAUAAUGAAGCUACACACAUUUAUUUUUGCGCUACAAAUCCCACCUCUUUGGUAAACACAUACAGACAUCCGGCCUUUGAAGUAUGUUUUAAGUGUGCAUGGCAUUAAGUUUGUAGAUAUCAUUGAAUGGAUUUUAAAAGAAACAUUAUCUGCAGAUAUGGGCUAUAUGUUACAUUUUACUAACAGUGCAGCUUAAUGGUGCAUCUACACAUAGGGGUUUUCUUACAGUGCAUAUAUUUUUUCUCUCUGCAAGAAAGACAUAUUUGUUCCAAGUCUGCAGUGUGGGAACGUACUUUCAUAUAUGUCUAUGCAUUGUAUAACUUUGACGGAUUGUAAAUAUUUUUCAGCAGUUGUGCUGCCGUUCUAAGAUUUUUUUUUUUUUAUGAGCUACCACUUCACCUUGCCAGGUACUGUGUAUGUUUUGCCACAUAUGUGUCAAUUACAGAUACCCAGUUUUACACAGCUCCCAGCGCACGGUUUCCUUUAUUAAAUGAGUGCACCCGUGUACCCGUUACUACACACCA